AGGAGGAGCAGGAGGAGGAGGUGGAGCAGGAGGACGUGGUGCGCUAGCUCCCGCUCAGAGAGAGAGAGAGAGGGAGGGAGUCGUCUGAAGGCUUGGGAGGUUCCGUUUGCACACAGCAGACUUUUCAUAGGGCUGCCUGCCCCUCAGCGGGAUCAGUCAGGGCAAAGUACACACAGAGAGUGCUCAGUACUCUCUCUCUCUACUUCUCUCUCAUCUCAGAUCUCUUCCAGCUUAGCCUGCACUGAGAGGAUCUACAACUUUUUUUCCCCCCUUGUCCCCACACCCCCUCUCCCCGUCAACCUUCUGUGUUGCUGCUUUUCCUCCACAUAACUUUUUGGAUUUUUUUUUUUCUUUUUUUUUUUCUGGACAUAUUUAUUUUUUGUUGCCAGUGUUACUCUGCCUGAAGGACUACUACAGUUGCGCACCAACCCCUCACCCCACCUCAGUCCGCCACCGCGACCCGGCACCACCGCGCAUCACCCCAAAUCCUGCGGGUAAAGCGCACAGAGCAGCCGAUCCACACACGCCUCCCCUUCCCUCCCGCCGCAGCGCACAGAGGAGCCGAUCCACACACGCCUCCCCUUCCCUCCCGCCGCAGCGCACAGAGCAGCCGAUCCACACAUGCCGCGAUGGAGGAGGGAUACGAACUUGACCUGACCUACGUCACGGAGCGCGUCAUCGCCGUGUCCUUCCCCCGGGGCUGCUCGGAGGGGACCUACCUGCACAACCUGCAGGACGUCACGCGCAUGCUCCGGUCCAAGCAUGCCGACAACUACCUGGUCAUUAACCUGUCAGAGAGGAGAUACGAUCUCACCAAGAUGAAUCCCAAGACCCUGGACAUGGGCUGGCCUGACCUUCACGCCCCUCCGCUGGAUAAGAUCUGCACCAUCUGCAAGGCCAUGGAGAACUGGCUCAACGCCAACGCCCAGCACGUGGUGGUCAUCCACUGCAGGGGUGGAAAAGGCCGGAUCGGAGUGAUCAUCUCCUCCUACGUGCACUUCACCAACAUUUCAGCCAGUGCGGAUCAGGCCCUUGACCGUUUCGCCAUGAGGAAGUUCUACGACGACAAGGUUUCCGGCAUAAUGACGCCAUCACAGAAGCGGUAUGUGUGGAUCCUGCACAGCCUUCUGACUGGAGCUAUGAAGAUGAAUCCCUCUCCUCUCUUCCUGCACUACGUCGUCCUGCAUGCGGUGCCGAAUUUUGACAGCAACGGAGUCUGUCAGCUGUAUCUGAAAGUCUACCAAGCCAUGCAGGCUGUUUACACAUCAGGAAUUUACCACGUUGGACCGGGACAUAAAAGCAGAGUUUGCAUGGCCCUGGAGCCAGCCCAGAUGCUGAAAGGAGACAUUAUGAUUAAGUGUUACCAUAGAGACGUGCGCGCGCCCAGCCGGGAGGCGGUGUUCCGUCUCCAGUUUCACACGGGCGCGGUCCAGGGCCGCAGCCUCGUCUUCCAGAAGAGCGACCUUGAGCACGCCAACAGCGAUCCCAGAUUUUUGGAUUACGGGAAAGUGGAGCUGGUGUUUUCGGAAAGUCCGGAGAAGAUACAAGGCUGCGACCGCUGGCAGAACGGGCCGGACGUAACCGUGGACUACAACACCGCCGACCCGCUGAUCCGAUGGGACUCCUACGAGACCGUCCCCUCCGAAGCAGAAGUGCCGCACGCCCAGGGCCCGGUUGAUGGGAGUCUGUACGCCAAGGUGAGGAAGAAGAGCGUGGACGGAGCGCCGCCGGUGACCAGUAGCCCCGACCACAGCGAGCACGCCCUGUCCACGGGCAGCGAUUCGGGGCACUCCAGCGCCUCCCUGUGGACCAAGCGGGGCCCCAGCCGGCAGGAGCGGGCCCAGCUCAAGCGCCUCCUGAGCGGCAUCGGGCUGGACGCCGACCCCGAGCCCCCGGGCGGCAUGACGGAGCGGCAGGCCCCCGCGGCGGCGGCGGCGGCGGAGGGGGGCGGGGUCCUGCACGUGGUCCCCGCCCAGGUGCACGUGAACGGCGGCGCCCCCGGGGCCCGGGAGCGCGAGACGGACAUCCUGGACGACGAGGUGGCGUCGCACGACCUGCGAAGCGCGGACAGCAUCGGCACGCUCUCCUCCUCCGACGGACCCGGCUCCCACCGGUUCGGCUACCACAAGAGCAGCCAGAACUCGCUGCUGUCCGACGGGUUCGGCUGCCCCCCGGGAGAGGACCCCCACGCGCCGCUGGGCGCGGGCGACCACGGCCUCCUGGGCGCGACCGAGGACUACGACCGCGUCUUCGCCGAGCCCAAGCCGAGGGGCCCCGCCCCCGGCCCCCAGACCGCCUCCCCCAAGCCCCAGGACUUCGGCCAGGGGAGCUACUCCACGCACACCUGGGUGCGGCAGCAGCAGAUGGUGGCCGCCCAGCAGUACCCGUACCUGCCGGCCGAAAGCGAGGCCGGCUCCCCCAGAGCGGCCGCAGCCGUGCAGGCGCCCACCAGGGGGCGCAGUAGCGCGGAGGCGGUGCAGAGGGCCAGGAGCGUGGAGCCGCCGCCGCCGCCGGCUUCCCCCGGCAGGGAGGACGAGCUCACGGCGCUCGCCGUGGACAUCGACGAGUCCAUCGACCAGCUCAAUCAGCUGAUCAUGGACCUGGACCCCACGUUCGUGCCCAUUCCCACGCGCUCAAACUCGGUCAAGAAGGACGGGAGGGGCCACGCGAACGGACCCGCCUCCGUCUGCACCAACGGCGUGAGCCGCAUGCACAGUACGGAGGACAUGCAUCCCAGCAUGCACCAGUCAGUGGGAGUGACCGGUGAUGUCAUAGUGGGAGGGGACAGGACCCGGAGCCUGAGCCGGCAGGGCAGUGAUGUCACAGACCACCUAGGGUUCCGGACUCCGGGGUGGAGCACCCCAGAGAAGUUCCAGAAUUCGCCGCUCUACACGCCCGGCCUGACGCCCUCCGAGAGGGGAAUCCUGUACCGGAGUGACAGUGUGGGGUACAGGGGACACUCUGAGGACCUGGACUGCAGGGUGGAAGCGGGCAGCGACGCGGUCCCCCCCACCCCCGCCUUCCCCGUCUCCCCCCCGACGCCGUACGUGCAAAACAUGGCGGAGUUCUGCAUGGCGAAGGCCUCAGCUCAGCCUGGCGGACGCUACGAGGCUUACCGGACGGCGCACGGUGAGCACCCCUCCUCUCCUUUUAACCCCUCGAGGUGUGAUAUCCCAAAUGUGUGAUUAGAACGUUCUUAACUGAACAUUCUAAUGCUGGUGUAACAGCCGCUACUGGUAACUGGCAAGCAAUGGAGUUCUAGAACACUGAUUAAAGACAGGAACGAUAAUAGGAACAGAAUAAAGAACGAUAGCUCCAGUAGCCCCAUGGGGCGAUGUCUAAUUGGUGAAAUGUGUCGCCCAGGGUAGGGGAGGGUUCGGUCAGUUAGGGGUCUGCAUUUCAUCGCAUCCUUAGCGAGCCCCGCUGGUCGAUCCGGCACCCGUGGACUGCCUGACAGAGCUGCAUAAUGGAUGUCUUCCUCUGACUCGACUUCCAUGUGAAAGGAAGUAGGCUGCAGACACCGUGUGUUCUGGAGAACUAUGGAUUUUCUUCGCUCUCCUAGAUCAGCAGUGAGGGCUUGUGUAUGGACGCGGGUGGAAAACGUCAUCAGAUAUUCCAAAUAAGGGCGGGAAAUUGGAUAUGCUCAGCUCCACAUUAGGCACCAAUUUUU